AUGGAAGCAAAAUUGAGCCGAACCCCUCUAAUUUUCCUGGGCUUCCUCGGCUUGGCACUCUGCCAGACUUGCCCAGAUGGAUGGCAGGAGGUCAACGAUGAUUGUAUUUACAUCGGGACCGAAGCCUGGGACUACGAUCACGUGGUGAGAAGCUGCGUGCAGAAGGGAGGAUACCCGGCCAUUAUCGGCAAUAUUUUUCUGAAUAACGUAAUUCAACAGGCCUUUCAAAAAGCCGGCGUCUCUCGUGCCUAUAUCGGCCUUGCACGCUACAACACGCAAUGGCGAUAUGCGAAUGGCAAGAAUAUCACGUACCAACGGUGGAUGAAUGGCGAACCUCGCAGCGAUCAAUACAAGGGAGUCAUGGAAGUGAAUUCGGGCUACUGGGCGACCGACGACGAUUUCAGGAAUUUGACAUAUGCGUGUACGCAAAAAAAAGUCCAAGUAACAUGUGACGAUGGAUGGAAGGGCUUUGGUGACAGUUGCUACAAAUAUUCUGAUUUUGCCACCUACACCGACGAGAAUGGGACCCACUGGAAUUUGUAUAAUUUCACGCAAGCCGAGGCCCAAUGCCGUGAGAUGGGGACGCAUUUGGCCUCGAUUCAUAGUCAAUCGGAAAUGGCUUUCGUGUACGAACUUAUCAAAACCAAUCUAACGGAAGACUUUGCCGACAGCAUGGUUGAAGAUGAGAAUGGCUGUACGCACAUGUGGGCAUAUACGGGACUAUACCACAACGCAAUUAAAAACUAUACAGUAUGGACGGAUGGGACCCCGCUUGAUUUUAUCGGUCAGGAUGCCAUUAAGCAGUACAAUACGGCUAGUAUGGAGCUUCUCAACGAUUUCGGCGACUGCUACGACAUUGACAUCGACGACAACCCGGCAUCCUACGUCUACUGGGAGGCUGCCUUGCCAUUGGCGCGCUACGUUUGCGAAAAACCGGGCGGGGCG